CCUCCUCCGGCGUCGAAGCGCGAGUGCGCACGCGGGUUCCAUUUCCCUUCCCCACCCCUCCCCUCCUCUUGUAUCCCCUCUCCUCCCCUCCCCUCCCCUCCCUUUCUUCCCCGCCCUGUCUCUCCUUCCCCCGCCCCAUCUUUGAGUCUCCUCUGAGUCCCCGCGAAGCCAGUCACUCUUCUUCUCGCGAGAGUCCGGACGGUGUUGAGCCGGCUGCUGAAGAGUGGUGCCGGUGGUGGCUACCGAGUGUGCGGGCGCCUUGGUUUUCAGAUUGGUGACAUUGCAGCAAUGGCAGAGUAUGGAAUCUCAACGGGGCAGCGUGUGGCGGUCAUCUGGGAUAGGUCAUCUCCAGUGGAGGCUCUGAAAAGUCUGGUGGAUAAACUACAGGAACUGGCUGGUGAUGAGAGCCAUGUUUCUGUGGAAAACAUCAACCAACUAUUACAAUGAUCUUCAUUUUGUCUUCUCAGCUGCUCACAAAGAAUCCAGCUUCGAUGUUGUUCUGUCGGGUCUGGUUCCAGGAAGUACAACACUGCAUAACGCUGAGAUUUUGGCAGAAAUUGCUAGGAUCCUUCGACCGGGUGGGCAAGUCCUUCUGAAAGAGCCAGUGGAGACAACCUCAGUUCAGGAAAGCAAAGUGAAGACAGUGGCUAAGCUGUGCUCAACCCUGACGCUCUCUGGACUUGUGGAAGUGAAGGAGUUGCAGAGGGAGUCCUUAACCCCAGAAGAGGUACAGUCAGUACAAGAGCACCUAGGUUACCAAAGUGACAGCUUGGUCUCUGUUCAAGUCACAGGCAAAAAACCAAACUUUGAAGUAGGCUCUUCUACUCAGCUUAAGCUUUCUUUUCCCAAGAAGUCUGCUGUGUCAGAGAAACCUGCCAUGGACCCUAAUGCUGCCAAGCUGUGGACACUCUCAGCCAGCGACAUGAAUGAUGAUGGCAUGGAUCUCAUUGAUUCUGAUGAACUCUUGGAUCCAGAGGAUUUGAAGAAGCCAGAUCCAGCUUCCCUACGGGCUGCUUCAUGUGGAGAAGGGACAAAAAGGAAGGCCUGUAAAAAUUGCACGUGUGGCCUAGCAGAAGAACUGGAGCAGGAGAAACUGAAGGAACAGAAGAGAUCCCAACCCAAGUCAGCUUGUGGAAAUUGUUAUUUGGGUGAUGCCUUCCGCUGUGCGAGCUGCCCCUACCUUGGGAUGCCAGCCUUUAAACCUGGGGAGAAAAUCCUCUUGAGUGAAAAAAAUCUUCAUGAUGUCUAGAAGGCAAAAUCACUGGGACUUGUGAAGGUUAUUCCAUUCCAAAAACUGACUCCAGAUUCAUUUCAGCAACCCUUCAAAUCCUACCUUGUCUCAUGCCUCGCUGGUUCUGCCUACAUUCCAUGUUGGGGUGGGGUUGGCUUGGUAGACACACAGAAAUUUGGGUAUAUAUGCUGCUAUGAACCAAAGGACUGAGAUAUAAUCAGCCAGAUUAAUUUGCAUUGGGCUAUCUGAUUCUUCAGUGGAACUUGAACUGAAGGUAUAGCAAAUUUCCAUCUAAUUAAUGCUAGCAGAAAGAAGAUGUACGCACUGGAGAAGUUACCUUCUUCGUGUUAGUAUUUGCUAACCUGAUCACACUGUAUUUGGGACCUGAGACCAACUUCCCUGUCAGCUUGGAUCAUAUCACCCUAGAAUAUAGUUAUCCUUUAGUGUUAAACUUCUGUGAUACAUUGCCAGACCACAGAUCUGCCUUCUAAAUUUAUUGAUAACUAACUAUUUGUUCUGUGAGCAAGCACAUUUGUUCAGUUUGUAGUUCUUGGAAAAGAUAGCCAAGUGUUGUAAGAACUCCUUACAGUAACUAGCUUUCAAUCCAAAUGGAUUUCUGAAACCUUUUGAACCAUUUAUUUUUGAAUCAAGCUUCACUGUUUCAGACCAUUGUGUUAUUGUGAUCUGGCCAUUAGUGAAUUAGCAUUGGAGCUGUGUCCUUUUUACAUAAUUGUGAAUUUGUAGGUGUUAGAAUAACGAACUCUUAUAUACCAGCUCCAGGAGAGAGAGAAAGAGAGAGAGUGAGUGAGUGUGUGUGUGUGUGUGUGUGUAAGUAAAUGUAAGAACUGACCCUGCAGUAACCAAGAAAACACAUUCACCUAAGUGAGGGACCUAAGCUCACAUCUAUCUUUAGAUAGCACAUACACAUUAUCAUAUCUGGUGGCAUAUGAGGGAGUCAGUGUCAUAAAUAAGUAACCCUCAAUUAUGGAAUGGAGUGGCCUUUAUUCAUCUACUCAUCUACCCAGAACUGUUCUGUGUGGGGUCUGGAGAUCAGGACUCAAACCAACUAUAAUUUACUUGGUGCAAGAUUCAUUUUCGUCUGUCUUGCUAUUGACCUAUAAGGACUAGGAUCCAAUUUUGCCAAAUGUUGACAAAUGUGUGGAUUUAGAGGAACUGGAAUUUCAGCUGUGUGACUGAUAAAUAAAGUGUUUUAAAUGAUCUUCA